CGGAGGCGUCUGAGCCGGCCGCGCUGGGCUGGCUGCUUGGAGGGAGGCGGCGGCUGAGGAAGAUGAAGAUCCAGUUUCAGACAUGAGACUCAGUGAGUGAUCAUUUCAUUGAGAUCAACUUGAAUGACAAGGUGAAAAGUGCAAAGAGGAACGUGUUAUGACUGAGUGCUGCAAGAGCAUAUAACAAGAGGACCUGAUCUAGUCAUGGGAUCAGGGGAGAUUUCCCUGAAGAAGGAAAUUUGAGUCAAGAUCUGAAGGCAACUCACAAUUUUUUAUUGCCAACCUCUACUACUUUUGAUUCUACAAAGAAUAUUGUAUCUACAGCAGCCCCUGAAGCCCAAGAGUCCAGCAAAUCAUCAGACUCAUGACUGAAAAACAGACUUCACAAUACAGUAAGUCCCCUACAUACUACGAACCUUCAAGUUGAGAACUUUCAAAGAUGCGACUGUGCAUCUGGUUCCAGCAAGGAACUGUGCCAUCAGUGUCAAGCGUGAGUGAAAUUGCAGCUUGCCCUCCAUCUCCUAUUGCUGACGAUCCUUCAGCUCUACCAUCUCCCACCUCCUCUCCCUCCUCCAGUCAGUAACUCUUCUUGCGUGUUCACUCGAUGCCAGCCCCUGUGUGCCAGCUGUUGUACUACUGUACUUUUCAAGCGGGAAGAAGCAGAAUGGGAAAGCAUAAAUGUGCUGUUGAUGAUGCAUGGCUUAAAACCUUUAUCUCUAGUCAAAAGAACAGAUAUGAAAGAUCUCAUCAUUUUUGAUAAACAGUCAUCACAAAGGAUGAGGGAGAAUUUAAAAACUUUGAUGGAAGAAACAUCACGUCAACAGAACAUGAUCCAGGAGCUCAUAGAAACUAAUAAGCAGCUUAAAAAUGAACUUCAACUACAACAAAGCCGAGCCGCAGAUCAGGAACAACGAGCUAAUGACUUGGAACAAAUUAUGGAGAGUGUGAAAUCCAAAAUUGGUGAAAUGGAGGAUGAAUCCCUAAGUAGGGUUUGCCAGCAACAGAAUCAAAUAAAAGAACUUCAAAAGGAGCAUAAAGCUUUACAGGCAAAAUGUGAGCAUUAUAAGAAAAAACGAAUGGAGCAGCAAGAGGCUAUUGCUUCUUUGCAGAAGGAUAUCUAUAGAUUAACGAAAGAGGACGAAGAGCGCAUUGUCACUCAACACAGAGUGUUCUCCUAUCUCUGCAAAAGAGUUCCUCAUACCGUCUUGGAUAGACAGUUGCUUUGCCUAAUUGAUUACUAUGAAUCUAAAAUUAGAAAAUUUCAUAAACAAAGGCAAUAUAAAGAAAAUGACAGUCAGUCAGAAGAAGACUACAGAAGUCUGAGUGCUUCACCCACUUAUAAAGGCCUUCUAAUGUCAUUACAGAAUCAACUCAAGGAAUCAAAAUCUAGGAUUGAUGCACUUUUAAGUGAAAAGCUGAAUCUCCAGAAAGAUUUGGAAACCAGGCCCACACAGCAUGAAUUAAGACUUUAUAAACAACAGGUGAAGAAGCUGGAGAAAGCCCUUAAGAAAAGCAUCAAAUUACAGGAUCUUAUCAGUCAAAAAAAGGCUAUGGACAAAGAGGGAAAAGAUGAGCCCAGCAGAGAUAACCAGCAGCAGGCCCUAAUUGACCAUAGAUACUUUCAGGUAUUAAGUAGCAUCAAUUCAAUUAUUCACAAUCCAAGAGCUCCAGUAAUAAUUUAUAAGCAGAGCAAAGGAGGAGUCCAACAUUUUAAUAAAGAUCUUUUUCAAGAUUGUGGAUUUGAGCAUCUUGUUCCUAUAAUAGAAAUGUGGGCAGAUCAACUGGCUUCCUUAAAGGAUUUAUAUAAGUCCUUGAAAAUACUAUCUGCAGAACUGGUGCCUUGGCAUAAUUUAAAGAAGCAGGAUGAAAACGAAGGUGUCAGAGUUGAAGAUCUGUUGUUUAUAGUGGAUACCAUAUUAGAAGAAGUGGAAAAUAAGGAAAAGGACAGCAAUAUGCCAGACUUUCAAAUUUUGCGAGCUAUUGUUUCUCACUUCCAAAAAUUAUUUGAUGUGCCUUCUUUAACUGGAGUCUAUCCCCGAAUGAAUGAAGUUUAUACUAGGCUUGGAGAAAUGAACAAUGCUGUGAGAAACCUCCAAGAACUCUUAGAACUAGAUCGUUCAACCUCAUUGUGUGUGCUGGUGAGCACAGUUGAAAAACUGUGUAGGCUGGUUAAUGAAGAUGUGAAUGAACAGGUUAUGCAGGUAUUGGGACCUGAAGACCUCCAAAGCAUUAUCAACAAAUUGAAAGAACAUGAGGAAUUUUUCCCAGCAUUUCAGGCAUUUACUAAUGAUCUACUUGAAAUCUUAGAAAUUGAUGACUUGGAUGCCGUUGUACCUGCAGUAAGGAAAUUAAAAAUACUUUCAUACUGAAAACAAAUCAAAUCAUUUUUACUGUGUAAAUUGCAUUCUGAGUAUUUUGUAGGAUGGAUCUUACUCUGAGACAAAGGUUAUAAACUGUAUUUACUCUCAGAAUUCACCCCCUUCUUUCUGUUGAGUCCUUCUCCAUCCAUAUAAUUUUUAUUAACUUUGAGAUUGUUUAAUAGAAAACAAUUGCUAAGUUUAAUUAGUAAAUUAGUGGUAGAUCCUUUAAUCAUUUCUUAAGCAAUUCUUGAGUGCUUAAAAUUUAAGACUGUUUUUUUAAGUACAGUGUGUGAGUAAGAGAGAAACUUAGGGAGAGAUAGUGCAAGUAAUAGAAAGGUUGCAUUUAAGUUCAGAGUUUAGUGACCUUUUUGGUUCUGGGAACAAGGAAUGCCAGUGGCUCUCUUUAGUCCAGCCAGCAGGAAGCUGUUGCUUUCCUGGCAAGGAAAUGGCACAUUCUAUUAAGAUAUCCCACAUAACACUUGCCCUUUCAGGGCAGAAGGAACAAAAGGAAGAAGGAAAAAAAAUUUUUUAUAGUGUUAGAGUAGGAAAUGAAUUAUGAGGUAAAAUAGAUGAGUAGAUGUCUCAUAAAAAAGUGUCUUUUUGCUAUCUUGAUGUGAUGUAGUUUUUAUAAGGGCAUGAAAUCUUAAAUAAAAUUUUUGU